AUGGAGGAGCAAUCCUUCGUGGUGCCACGUGGUGCGGUGCCCUCCCCGUUGAGCCAUGGCGGCCACGGCGGUUUGGCGCUGCCCACAGGGAGCAGCGCCCGACCACUGAAGGCUGGUAGCUUACUGACCAUGGGCGCAGCCUUGGGUGCAACGGCUGGGCUGGUGCAGGGCAGGCAGGGCAGGCAGGGCAGGGGCAGGAAAGCGGUGAAGCGAAACGUGCUGAAGAAGGUGGUGGAAGUGCCCGAAGUGACAGAUGUUGAGAAGGGCUUGGGCCUCACAAACUUCAACCCAGAGAAGCUUGGAAAAGACCUGGAACAGGCAGCAGCGCGCUACACCAAGUCACCUGAAAUCCUGCUGAAGGACCUGGAGAAGCAGGCAGCGCAGCUCAGCAGCUCUGCCUCCAAGAUCUUACCGAAGGAGCUCAAGGACUUGAAGCUUCCCACGGUGGAUGUGCCGCCAGAGCCUGGGACGGUGGAUGGGCUUCCGGAAGGAUAUGGGGAGGAACUGAAGGUUGCUAUCAAGGACCUUACCAGCAAGGUGGAGGCGCUGUUGCCCAAGGAUUUUGCCAAGCUGGCUGUCCACAUGCCACCUGAGUUGGCCGCGCUGCUGGCGCAUCCCGAACAGUUAGAUCCAGUGAAGAUCCCGGCAGGCGUGGGCACCGCCCUUGUGGCGCUGCUGGCGCUGCGUCGUGGGCCUCAGCCCUGGUUGGACGAACUGCCCAGGGACUAUGACUUCGGCCGAAUUCGGAGCUACUGGCAGCGCAGGCCUUUCCAACUGAUCUCCAGGUUCGUGGAGGCUGGUUUGAAGGUUGGAGGCUACACCUUUCAGCUGAAAGUGGAUGAGCUGUUGAACCGCUCUGACGAAAUGCGGCCGCAGCGAGCCGUGGAAGCCAGGGAACUCAUCACGGAUUUGGGGGUGACCUUCAUCAAGAUCGCGCAGGAGUACGAGAAGCUGCUGGAACAGGUCCGUCCCUUUGGCAAAGACUUGGCCUUGGAGACCUUGCGACGUGGGGAGAACGGGCGUCCAGCCAUCGAGCUCUUCUCAGACCUGAGCGUCUUUGACGAACCUGUGGCAUCCGCUUCGGUGGGUCAAGUGUACAAGGCAACCAUGAACGGUAAGCCCGUGGCGGUGAAGGUGCAGCGUCCUGACGUCCGGGAACAGUCGACACUGGACCUCUACGUGAUCCGUACUGCCGGGGCGUUGGGAGCCAUGCUGCCCUUCGACCAGAUCCGACGGCAGUCGCAGCAACUCAUGGAGUUGAUCGACCUGACGGCUCCGACCUUCGUGAAGGAACUGGACUAUGAGAUCGAGGCCUCCAACCAGCGCCGCUUUGCGCAGACGGUGGAGGACUGCGAGCUGAUCCGCGACACCAUCGUGGUACCGGAGAUUUUGUUCGCCAACCGCCACUUGGGCCUGGUGGAGUGGCUGGAUGGCAAGAAGCUGACGGAGCCUGGAGCCGCCUCGGAGCAAGCUGGGCGCGUGGUGAAGCUGCUGCUCAACAGUUACAUGGUUCAGUUCCUGGAAACGGGUUACCUGCAUGGUGACCCGCAUCCUGGAAAUUUCAUCCUCAUGGGUGAUGGGCGGCUGGGUAUCUUGGAUUAUGGGCUCAUGACCGAAAUCACUGCUGACAAGCGCAUGUCCUUCAUCGAGUUCUUGAUGCAUCUGCAAGCAAAAGAAUACCGCAGCUGCUUGUCAGAUCUCAUCAACUUGGAAUUCUUCCCACCAGCCUUGAAGGAGGACAAGGAGGCGCUGGACAUCAUCGUCCCGACCUUGGCCACCACCUUGGCCACCCUCUACGAGGAAGGCGGCGACUUGAAGAAGAAACGCGAGAUGUUCGCCAAGCAGCGCGAGGAAAUGAAACAAGCCGGAAAGUUGGAUGGUUUGCGGGAAAAGUUGCAGGCCAUUUCCAAGAAGUACGCAGGAGCUUUCCGACUGCCUCCCUACUUCACACUGAUCCUGCGCGCCUUCGGGACGUUGGAAGGCUUGGGCUUGAAAUCCGAUGAGAACUUCGCCAUCGUUAAGGAGUGCUUCCCCUACAUCGCGCGACGCUUGAUCGUAGACGACAGCUUCCGAAUGCGGGAGGCGUUGAGGUCAUAUCUCUACAAGGGUCGUUCGCGCAUCGCGGUGUCGCGCAUCGACGAGCUCUCUAGCGGCUUUGGCACCUUCACCAACUUGAUGAAGGGCAGCCGCAGCGAAUCUGCCGCUGCCGGCGGCGUCCGCUUAGACUCUGCCCGCGCCGACGGCCACGACGCGGCGACCGCGGCUGCAACGGCGCCCACGCUGGACUCGGCGUCGAAGGAGAUUGCGGAGGUGGUGUUCUCGCCCCAGGGCAACUUCUUACAAGACCUCCUGAUCGACGAGGGUGUUGCAGCCAUUGACGCGCUGUCCCGCGCCACGCUGUUGCAACUCCUCAGAAAUCUGGGGCCAUUAGCGUUGCCACUGACCCUGCCCUUGAACUUCUUGUUGGGUAGUGGUAACCCACAGCGGAUCUUGAGUAGGGAGGACAAAGAAUCCUUGUUGGUGCUUCGCCGCAUUGUGCAGUUGGUGGAUGCUUCGAGAAGCAACUCUCGGACGGAGGCGGCUGAAAAUGAAACCACUGAUGUGCUGCAGAUGCUUGGCAUUGGACCAGUCCAUAGGACAGUGCAAAGGCUCCAGCGUUUGCAGCCUUUGGCGCAGGGGUUGCUACCCAGCAUCACUCCAGGUGCAGCGAGCUUCGCGCAGCGCUUCGCGCGACAGUUGGCGCGGCGCAUCUUGUUGCGCUUGGCAGAUGAUGUGGAACGCCGCGCCAGCAGCGCACUGAUGAUGAACUGA